AUGAGUGCAAAGCGGUCGGCGUGUGACCGCUGCCACAGGAUGAAGAUGCAAUGUCAGACAGAUGGCCACGAUCAGAGUUGCAAUCGUUGUCAGUCGGCGAGAGUUCAGUGCAAUUAUAGCAAACCAGGAAGGUCAGGAAGGCCACCAAGGCCACCCACCAAAACCGGCAGUACGACGACGACCCAGAGAAGCGCGGCCGAUGCAGAACCAACUGCAGGUGCCAUUGCACUGCCGAAUUGUCCUAUCGCGGACGAGAAUUGGAGGCAAAACACACUCCUCGAACACGCCGCACCCAAAGGCACUGAGUACUUUCUGGGCGAUCAAAUGGCGCUGCAGCACCAGUACGGUGGCUACUCGGAUACCGCGUGUUUAGAGCUGGACUAUACCGACUCGCUGGACCAAUUGCUUUGGUCUUUGAACAGUGCGGAGUCUGAAGUGUCCAUAUCAAGCAUGUCCAGCGAUCACCAGCCCAUGCAUCAAGGUGUUCCGGGCGAAAUAGGAGUUGCUACAUCCCCUAUUUCCAAGGCAAACAAAGUGCAUUUUGUUGAGCAAGACUACAUAUCACGUCUCGCCCACUUCCAAGUAACGAUAACUUGCAUGAUCGAUUUAGGGAUGCACUUGGGUCCUGCAAAACUCGAGCAAGAAGCUGCUCAUGUGCUCGAAAGCUCUUCCAAAUUUUUCGAGCUCAUCCAGGUGCUUGGAAAUGUGGCCGAACUCCCAAACUCAUCCCAUUUGCCCGAUUCUUCCAUCUUUCCUAAUGACUGCACCGAGCGUGACCGGAGCAGAGGGCCGCAGAACUCAUCACCUUUUACCACCGCCGUCUUCUUGCAACUUAUAUCGAUAUCGAUGCGACUGAUUGAGAUGCACAACUGGCUCUACUCGUCAAUUUAUCGCUGCCUUCAGCAAGACCCCGACACGAUGAACCAGGAAACGGCAGGUGAGCCCCCAGCACAGCCGCUACUGUUUGCCAUCGCCGGUGUGCGGCUGACCCCAACGGUGCAUUUCCGGCUUCAGCUGCUCCUCCACACCGGAGUAUACUACCUCGGCCGAAUUCAGAAGAUGCUGGGCGAGAUGGAAGCAUCGUCGGAGGUAUCGCCGGCAUUGCCUCUGCAGACGCGCAUGCUGAUAGGUGGAGAGCAGAAAAGCCGAAUGGCCAAGAUUCGCUUGGUUUUAGCUAAGCUGAAAGAAGAGUUCGGUAUCUACACUACUCUCUAG